GUUUGGAGCGAUUCAAAUAAACCGUCCACCCGCUGCAUCUCCGAGUCUUGGCAGAGCCAGGAACCAUUAUACACACUCUUUCACUCCCUUCCCCUACUCGUCACCACACGCUAGCUACCCUUGCUCGCUCGUUGGUUGUCAAAACGACUUGGCUUGGUCUAACUCCGGCGUAGCUGAUCUGCAGACAUUGCACUCGCCGAAUGCCAGCCACGGGUGAGCAAAAAAAAAAAAAAAAAAAGGAACCCCGGAAUAACCUCGAAUUUGGCGUGGAGCUGCCAACGAAAAGGGACCGGGCUGGACCGGACCGACUGGAUUGGACUGGAUUUGGAUAUAGAGGGGACGAUCGAUUGGGCGAAAGCAAAGCAGACUAUACAUCACGAUGGACGCCUACUUGGUCGCUCGGCAGACUGUGGCCAACUCCAACGAACUCCCUCCCGGCUGGGUCAUCCAGAAUGGACGAGCAAUUCCCUGGUGGUAUAGUCGGACGGGCGUCAUCGUCAAGUGGUCCGUCUUCCUCGGCCUCACGACGCUCUUCGCUGCCUUCCUCGUCAUCGGCUACGUCCACGGCAAGCGUCGCAUGAAGAAGGGCCUUCUCCCGCUCGGCUACCACCGCUGGCUCUUCAGCCGCGCCCAGCUCGCUCGCGUAGACAGCCGCUACGCCUGGCCCACUGCCUCCUACAACACCUACCGCCCGGAAUACUACAACACCCACCCGAACGCCCCGGCCGGCGGCUACUACGGCAUGCAGGGGAUGCCGCCGCCCACCUACGAUCCCAACGCCGCUAGGCCUCCCGUCUACGCGCCCCCCGAUGGGGGUUCCAAGAUUGACCCGUCCCAAGAGUACGGCGUCUCGCCGCCCGCCGCCGUUGCGGCGAACCAUGCCGGGCAGGCUUAUCCGUACAGGUCGCAGUGAGUGAGAGGACUGCGAAAGGGCGGCGCGGAGGAUGAACACGUGUGGUUUUCUUGUUGCGUUCGGCGUUCCAAAGCGGCUUUACCUCUUUUUUUUUCUUUUUUUUCUUUCUUCAGCUCACCCCUCUCUUCCAUGUCUUUAUUUAGAAAGGUCGUGUUGCUCAUUGCUAGCUCGAGAUGAGAUUCAAGACGAGACGAGGUGUGAUAUAACCGAGACGCAAAUCAAGACGAGGAUCGUCAACGAGAAUUGGCUGGGUUCAUCGUAUACCUAGAGGCCACAAGAUCCGCGGGCAUCCAGGCUGGACGCCUCAUUCACCGGGGACUGCUGGGACGCCUUGACUAUGACUCUUGUAUAUUGUACAAUGCAGCACUGUUCCCACC